UUCCCUUACUCUUUUCUUUUCCUCUUCCCAAAAACACAAACCCACCAUUUUGACUCUUCGUUCUUUCUUUCUAUUUCUUUUUACCAUUUUGUCCCUAGUUUCAUCUUCACUGGUAAAGAAGAAUGGCAGUGGAGUUAAUGGGAUUCCCAAAAAUGGAUGACCCAAAUAACAAAGCCAUACAAGAAGCAGCAUCCGAGGGCAUAAAGGGAAUGGAGCACCUCGUUCGCCUUCUUUCAAACCCUUCGCAAAACGACACCACUGACCUCACAAACGUCACCGUUUCCAAGUUCCGCAAACUCAUUUCCUUACUUAACCGCACCGGCCGCGCCCGCUUUCGCCGUGCACCAAUUUCAAAUUCCUCAGACUCUUUAACCUUCUCUCCGGCGACCUUCACUCCUCCCCCGCCGCCGCCGCACUCGCAGCCACAGCCACUGCCACAGCCACAGCCGCUUGCGGUUGCUCCGGUCACCGUCCACCACCCUUCUCCUCUUCUUCCGCCGCAGACUCUCACUCUUGACUUCACCAAACCUAACAACAGCUUCCUCACCAACAUAUCCAACAACGCCGGAGCCAAAUCCAUGGAGCUGGAGUUCUCGAAGGAUACGACGACGUUUAGCGUCUCGUCGAACUCGUCGUUUAUGUCCUCCGCCAUCACCGGCGACGGCAGCGUCUCCAACGGCAAGCUCGGAACCUCGAUCUUCCUCAACCCUGCCGGGAAAUUGCCUCUCUCGUCUUCGGCGCCGGCUCCGGCUCCGGUCAAGAAAAGGUGUCACGACCACCACUCCGACGAUGUAUCUGGCAAGGUCUCCGCUUCUUCCAGCAAGUGCCACUGCAUCAAGCGAAGGAAAAAUAGGGUUAAGAAGACGAUAAGAGUGCCGGCAAUUAGUUCAAAGAUAGCUGAUAUUCCGGCGGACGAGUACUCAUGGAGGAAGUACGGUCAGAAACCGAUCAAAGGGUCGCCGUACCCAAGGGGUUAUUAUAAAUGCAGUACUGUGAGAGGGUGUCCGGCGAGGAAACACGUGGAGCGCGCACCAGAUGAUCCAUCUAUGCUGAUCGUGACGUACGAAGGGGAGCACCGUCACUCGAUUCAGACCGCGAUGCAGGAUAACAUUUCUUCUGCGGGAGUGGGUUUGGUAUUCGGGUCAACGUAAGGUUCGAUUAUUAGAAAAAGAAAAAGAAAAAGAAAAAGAAAAAAAAAAAGACUAGGUGGUAGUGGUGAGGCUUCUUUUUGUUAGAAAAAAAGAGAGAGAAAGAAUCUCAAUUGUGGCGGGGUUUGAAUGUAAAUUUCUUCUGACUGGAAUGAUUAUUGUUAUUAUAAGAUUAUAAAAUUAUUAUUAUAAGGUGGUGGUGGAAGAAUGGAAUCUUUAGCUUCUCCACUAAAAAGUCUUACCUAUUACACUAUGAUGGAGGGGGAAAAAUUGAAAGUCUUGGAGGUAGUAGAAAAGGUUUCUCAAUGGUUUUGUGGGGGCUAUAAAAUAUGGUUAAAAAAUCGAGUUGAUAUUCAAUUUGAAUCUUAAAA